UCCGGAGCAGAGCGCCUAUCAGUUGACGCAUGCGCACACGUCGUGCCGGGGUAUACAAUGGAGUCGGACGUACAUAGGCAGCGCUGGCAUGAACACUAGAAGCCCCGACGCCUUAGUUACUAUGUUAUAAAAUAACCGCGGGGCUGCUCGCGAGCGGUGGCGCCGUCCACAGACGACUCGACGUGAAAGUGAAAGAGUGCUGAGUAACUGCUGAGUUCACCUGCUGUGCGGUGUCAGUGCCGCUGUCUUCCUUUAGCGGUGACUGUCCUCUGCAUUUUUCCCAUGCCUUUGUCUGAAAGAGCAGUGAAAUAGUUACCGUCCGAUAAACACUAAGGAAAAUGUCAGAGGUCAACUUAGGAAAGCGCAAGGAGAAGUGUGAGAACUGCACCAAACAGUGCAACAAGAAACAGAGUGAUGAGGGUGGCAACUCACAGCAGGAGAGAGAUGACGUCAAUGGGCAGGUGAAUGAAUCCCAGUUGUUGCUGAGUGCUUGUCUUUCCUGUGAUGGCUGUCUGUCAGAGGAGGAGAGCCUGAAGAUUUCUCAGCAGAGCCUGGAGGAAGUGGAGCGGGUUCUGGCACUCAAUAAGAAGUGUGACGUGUCAAAGCACAAAGUGCUGGUUGCGUCGGUUUGUCCGCAGUCCCUGCCUUUCUUCGCUGUCAAGUUUGGUCUGGACGUCAGUGAAGCCGCCCACAAACUCUGUGGCUUCCUCAAGAGCCUGGGAGUGCAGUACGUGUUUGACACCACUCUGGCGGCAGGCUUCAGCAUCUUAGAGAGCCAGAAGGAGUUUAUUCAGAGGUACCGCAGGAGGCACCACGACUCCCACGCCCUGCCCAUGUUCACCUCCUCCUGCCCAGGGUGGAUUCGUUACUCAGAGCGUGUCCUGGGCAGCUUGGUCACCCCUCAUAUCUGCACAGCCAGGUCUCCUCAGCAGAUCAUGGGCUGUCUGGUCAAAGACUACUUCUCCAAACAGCAGCAGAAGCUGAGUCCAGAGAAGGUCUACCAUGUGGUGGUGGCUCCCUGCUUCGAUAAGAAGCUGGAGGCUGUCAGAGAGGAGUUUUACAACAGCCUGCUGGAGACCAGAGAUGUGGACUGUGUCCUCACCUCAGGGGAGAUUUAUUACCUGAUGGAGCAGAGGAAGGUUUCAGUGGAGGAGCUGGACUCUGUUCCACUGGACCAAGUACUGGGAGAUGCAGGAGAUGUGGCGCUGGUGAGGCACGAGGGCCGAGGUUCUGAAGGUUUCCUGGAACACGUGUUCAAACACGCUGCCAAAGAGCUCUUUGGUCUGGACGUCCACGAGAUCACAUACAAGACCCUCAGGAACAGGGACUUCCAGGAAGUGACGCUGGAGCGAGACGGAGAAACUCUGCUGCAGUUUGCCGCCAUCUAUGGUUUCAGGAACAUCCAGACCCUGGUUCACCGUAUGAGGAAGGGACGUGUGCCUUACCAGCUGGUGGAGGUUUUGUCCUGCCCAGGAGGGUGCCUGAGCGGCCGCGGUCAGGCAGAGAGCGAGGUGGGAGGACGGGUGGAUAAAGCCCUGGUUCAGCAGAUGGAGGACGCCUACAGCAGCCUGCCGGUCCGUCUCCCAGAGGUCAACCCCACCCUGCACACCCUCUACCAAGACUGGCUGCAGGGCCAGGACUCCUCGCAGGCCGGCAUGCUGCUGCACACCCAGUACAAGAACCAGGGUCAGAUCCACGCGCAGCCCCCACACAUGCAGUGGUGAGGGAACAGGAAGUGGUCUUCCUUUUUAUCCUGCUCGGACCAUCUCGUCGUUCAUGCUGGCACCAUGAAGGACGUGCCGAACACCACGCUGCACUAUGGACCAAUGAGGGAGAAGUCUCCAGAGGUGCAAUUCUUCCAUUUGGCCACAGGGGGGCAACAUCUGUAUUUACAAAACGGUGGAUCCCUCUGUGCCAGACUUGGGCCUGUGGAGAAAUACGGAUCUGGAGUCCAGAAAAACACACAGACAGUAAGAAGUGAUAUCAGUGAGCUGCUCAGAUAAUGGCUAAUUGAAAAACAAAUGGGUAAAAAGUCACUUCAGCUGUUCUUAGAAAUGAGGAAGUCUGAGUAGCAAGUGUGAACUAUUCAUGUUGAUUUCCAGAGCAAUAAGCACAGCUGGAGCUGAUGAGCUGAACUUGAGACUGAAUGUACAUUUAAAGAGUCCAGUGUGUUCCACAUCUAAACCGUCCAACAUUAAACAUGCUUCUGUUAGUCUCCACUGUGCCAGCUAUGCAACAGAGUCACCGUCUCCUCUCAACAGUCAGAGUCAGUGGAGUCGAGCUGCUCUUUGGUUCAAGAGAGGUCAAAGGUCUUUGAGAAGCACUGAACCUGACAGUGAGUGUUUGGUUUGGAGGAGGGUGUCAUUGUUUUUAAUGGUACAACAUGAUUUCACCUUGUUUCCAUUCCACUGUUUUUAUUAAGUUAUCAUGUUUUUGUUCUUUGUUUUGCGAGAUCAUACAUGUCAUACAUGUUACACACUAAAAUAUUCUGACAAACAAAUGUGGUGUCGUUUUAUUGUAACACAGUGCAGAGUGUCUGGAUGAUGUUUGUAUAAACCUUCCAGGUUAAUAAUUAUCUGCAAGGCUGAUCAGAGAUCAGAUCUGUCGCUGCUGAUCCACAAAACAGCAGUUUUUAGUGUUGAGAUGAAAUAGGUCUGUGGAUUAUCAGGAGCGACAAAAUUCCCAGGUAAAGAGUCGCUCCCUGAUGCUCACAUCAGAGGGAAUAUUUUAUGAGUUUCUAAAGACGUCCAGGAUGUUCUUCCUGUGUCUGUCUCUGCUCUCUGCUGCUGCUUUUCUACAAAGCAGUGUCUCAGCAGAUGAAGUAGUGUCACUGAACUGCAGUGAAGCAGUGAAAGUUGCAGCUGGAGGAACUGUGACACUGACCUGCUCUAUACAUUAUCAGGAUGUGGAAGGCUGUAAAGUUCUACAUUCUGCCUGGCAUAACACAAACAGCAGCAUUAUACCAUGUGGCAGUGGUUCAGGAGAAUACAGCUGUGAUUCAGACCAUCAGACUUAUGUGUCUCUGAUCAUCUCUAAUGUCAUGAAGGAGGAAAAUUACACAGCUGCAGUGAUAACAGACUGUGGUAUGGCUUUAUCAUCUCCUAUCAACGUACAAGUUACAAGUUACUCCAACUCCAGCAGCCAUGUUGAUAAUGAGGCUCUGUCUGAUACCGUCACACCAGGACCUGAACCUGAGAAGGUCACCAACGUUGCCGCCAUAUCAGGCAUUUGUGUCGCCGUCAUUGUUGCUGCCAUUUUGUUUUUCCUGUUUGGAACUGAGAGAGGCAGAAAAAUCUUCAAACCCAUCACGAGGAAAACAAAUCACACAGGUUACAGUGAUCCAGAGUCUGAGACGAACAGUCUCCAUCAGUCUGUUUAAUGUAUAUAUAAACAUGUGGGGGCUGUUCCACAGCUGGCUGUGUAGCUUCCUGCCUCUCAAACUGUGAAGAAAUAUAUUAUUGUGUUUAUUUUUUUUAUCUUUUUUUUUCUUCCAGUCACAUUUUCAGAUUUCUGUAAAUAAAUGUAAAUAUAAUAAGUCAAUUUCAUUAAAGGGACAUUUUAAUUUUAAACAUGGCGUUCAGUCUCCUCAUUAUGUCGAGUGUGACUCAGUUUUCAGAUCAGUGGUGAAACAUAAGCAGUUGCCUCAUCCUUUUUCUAAACCAUGAACAGUUCACUGCUCUCACAUCAUCAACUCGUGACUUUAAGUAUUUUCUGUCUCACGUUCAAGGUGUGUACCGUGUCUGUUGUCGGCAUCUGACCAGGUCCUCUAACAAACACCAGCCUCACACUGAGCUGUAAUUAUAUCCGAAUGCUUUCUUUUUCCUACACACAAAUGUGUGUGUGUGUGUUUAGUUGAAUCAAAAUUAGAUUUUAGAUCUCAGACCUGACUGGUGCUGCUGAGUUUGAACCAGAAUCUGAUCCAAAACCUUCUUUUUCUCAUACAAAGUUUUGUGUUUGUAUCUCUCUCACAGACAUGGUGCUGACUGUAGUAUUCAGUAGAGGAGAUGAGGCGAGAUGCUUCUUACUGUCCUCAGGGAUGUCCAAGAUAAAAACCCCAGUCCGUCCUAACAUUAUAUUUAACGAGGAUGAAUUCCUUCACAGGGAGCGUCCACAUUGCUGACAUUUCUGUUUUUUACUGUCCUCGUUCUCACCACUUGGAUUAAAACCAAGAUCUUAGAUCAAGACUGAAAAAACAAACACACGCACACAUCUAAUUAGAAGCUGAAACAUGUUUUCAGUUUCCUCUUAAAGCAGGACAGUGUCAGCGUGAGCUCAGAUCAACUGGCAGAUUCUUUAAAAGUGGGAGAAAUGGACCACUGACUGACCACUGGAAUUUGGAUUUUGUCAUCGUUCACCCAGAGAAACAGCAGCAGGUCUUAACUGCACUUCCCAACAUGAGCAAGUAACUUGGCGAUUCUCCAAACCACAACACUCCCCCACAACUAUUUCACUGUCACCGUGUGUGAGCGCACACUGAUGACACAAGUUCAGGAAGUGACUGUUUCCAGAUGUUAUUCAACAAGAAACAGUGCAGCUUCACUCUCACUGCUUUUAGCUGCAGCAGCAAAAACCAGAGAUAAACCCAGAACAAUGAAAUGUUGUUUCAUUCUCUGCUUCCAAACAGGUCAGAGAGAGACAAUCGAAGGAAGUGACAUGUUAAAAACACAAGACAAAACACUAAAGACUCACAACAUGUAACAACAGCCAUCAGCACUUGUUACCAUGAAGGUGAAGCAGAACUCGCUGCAGCAGAGUGGAGGGACAGACGGACUGAAGUACUGGAGCAGUGAUGAGUGGAUGAGCUGCAGGUGUGUCAAUCCUCCACCAGCCCCGCCUCCGCAACACACACACACACACACACACACACACACACACUGAGGAGAAAACACAACACAAACAUGAAACACAAGGAACUAGAAGGUCACAGCAUCCUUUAUAUUUAACAAAUGUUCAGUGUAGAAAGUUUGAUGUUUGCAAUGAAUAAAAUUUCACAAAAAACUCAACUUGUUGUCGAUGUUCAGCUGCAGGUUUAGUUCAUGUGUUCAUGUGGAGACUGUGACAUGUUCUCCUACACACACCAACACCUCCAACAUACAGGAACAUGUGUCUCUGAUCAUCUCUAAUGUCAUGAAGGAGGAAAAUUACACAGCUGCAGUGAUGACAAACUGUGGUACAGCUUUAUCAUCUCCUAUCAACGUACGAGUUAAACACUCCAGUAACAUCUAUAACGGUGGAGUCGUAUUAACACUGGAGCAGGACACCAAGGUGCCAGUCAUAUGUUUUGUUUGUCGUCGCUGCUGCGAGCGUGAAAACCAUCACACUCAUCAUCAGACUCCAACCUGAGGAGCUCCUGACUGAGCUCAGUCACAUGUUCAAUCACCUGUCUGCAGAAUGAAACAUGAACGUGACAGUUUGUGUUCAUUCAGAUUGAUCCAUGAUGAUGUAAUGACUUGUGUUUGUGAGUAUUAAUCAGUGUAAAUGUGAUGAUUGGUUUGGAUUAAAGGAACAAUUCACCAAUUCUACACAUGAAAUUCUGUCUCCUCAUUCAGAUAAGUACGACUCAGUUGUGUUGUGUGAUAUCUUCUGUCUCAGUACACCACCCAGCUCUUGAUACAGGCUGUGGUUGCCUCUGAGGAAGCUUUUAACACAGAGUCCAGAGUGUUCCUAAUGAAACCACAGUGCUCAUUUCCUCCCAUUAAGUCUGAUUGUGGCCGCUACACUUCCAGGAACUUCCUCGAGGAGUGAUGUGUGAACGUUUUCUCUUCUUUAAAAUGACUUUGCACUGAAAGAGUCUGUGAGGUAGUAGAGACCACAUGGAUGAUUUCUAAUGGCUGAUGUUGGUGUACAGAUUGAGCCAUGUGAACAUUUUUGUUUUCUUUCUGGCAGUGUGUUGAGUCCAGAGCUGGAUUAGCUUGUCUUAACACGGAAUAGAAAACUAAUGGUUCACUCAUCAGUUUUUGUUUCGCUGAGAGAAGAUGUCUGCUCAGGUUUCUGGAAAUGACCUGAGCAUGUGAUGGAGGAAUGAACAGAGCAUCAUUCUGGUUCUUUUAACCAAGAUUAGGUUUGUUUUUCAGCUACAUUUCAGUUAUUACCGUUAAUUCAAAUAUAUUCCCAUUAAUUCCAAUGGAAAGUUUCCACUUUUCCACUGAGCUUCAUUCCUGUUGGAAAGAAACCAGAGGAAACUGUAAAUAAAUGUCUGAAGUCUCUGUGAACUUGUCUGUAUUAAAGCGUGUUAAAUGAUGUGUGUGUGCUGUGAGUGUCUGAAUAUAAACAUGGAGAAGUUUAAUGACGUCAGCAGAUAUUCACAACAACUGCAAGAGGAAAAGACAGGAUGCUGCUCAUUUCCCCGUUUUCCCUGUCGUCCUGUCUUUUAAUGUGUGGGCGUUCCACUCCCAGGAAACUCUCAGAUUCACUGUCUGACGCUUUGAUCUUUUUUUAUGUUUUCAGUAUCACUCCCUGUUCUGCUCAUUAUGAGUUUCUAAAGACAGUGAAACGUCCAGGAUGGUCUUCCUGUGUCUGUCUCUGCUCUCUGCUGCUGCUUUUCUACAAAGCGGUGUCUCAGCAGAUGAAGCAGUGUCACUGAAGUGCAGUGAAGCAGUGGAAGUUGCAGCUGGAGGAACUGUGACACUGACCUGCUCUAUACAUUAUCAGAAUGUGGCAGUGGAAGGCUGUAAAGUUCUAAAUUUUACCUGGAAUAACACAAGCAGCAGCAUUAUACCAUGUGGCAGUGGUUCAGGAGAAUACAGCUGUGAUUCAGACCAUCAGACUUAUGUGUCUCUGAUCAUCUCUAAUGUCAUGAAGGAGGAAAAUUACACAGCUGCAGUGAUGACAAACUGUGGUAUGGCUUUAUCAUCUCCUAUCAACGUACAAGUUACAAGUUACUCCAACUCCAGCAGCCAUGGUGAUAAUGAGGCUCUGUCUGAUACCGUCACACCAGGACCUGAACCUGAGAAGGUCACCAGCGUUGCCACCAUAUCGAGUGUUUGUGUCGCCGUCAUUGUUGCUGCCAUUUUGUUUUUCCUGUUGGGGACGGACAAAGGCAGAAAACUCAUCAAACACUUCAUGAAGGAGAAGAUUCAAAGAGACGACAGUGAUACAGUCUCUGAAAGUAGUAAACGUUUUGAGCUUGACUUUUAAUCUCUGAGGUCUUUGUACAGACUGAGCCAUGUGAAUGUAAUGAUUUGUAUUUGUACAUAUUGAUCAGUGUAAAUCUGAUGAUUUGAUCAGCGGGUCACAGAGGUCUGAUAAACUCACUUCUGUCUCACCUGAGGACGGUUACUGUCUACAGGUUUAUAUAGGCUAUAUAGUUAUAUAGGCUAAUAAUUUGUAUUGUAAUCUGUUGCACUUUCAUAAACGUGUGGACCUGAACGUGACACAUUAAAGAAUGAUGAAAAUCA